CAGUUUGAAGCUCUGGGAUUUCCUGCUUCUUUUCCUCUCGGAGAACUCCAUGGUGCGGGGAAGGCGGCGGCGGCGGCUGAGGCGGCGGCGGCGCGGGCUCGUGUCACCGCCGCGAAGCCGCCGGGACCAAGGGUCUUGCUAUGUCACCCAGGCUGGAGUGCAGUGGCGCGAUCUUGGCUCGUUGCAAUCUCUGCUUCCUAGGCUCAGGUGAUCCUCCUGCCUCAGCCUCUGGAGUAGCUGGGGCUACAGCACUUUGUUCUAGGCUCCAGCCCCUGUAGGAAAUGAGGGUAUCUAAGAGGCUGCUUCAGCAUUCAGUCAGCGCACAGGUUAGCAGGCUGUUAAGAUGAGAAGGACCUGCUGUGUUUCACAUCAGACGCCACAUCAAAAACACUAACAGCAACAUGGACUGGAAUUCAGACAGGUCGGUGUUUGCAGGUGGAGAGGGAAUGUGCAGGAAGAGGGCGCCAGGUCUGGAAAAUAAAAAAUAUUUCAAGCGUAGUGAACUUGCCAAAAAAGAAGAGGAAGCAUAUUUUGAAAGAUGUGGCUACAAGCCUAUAAAUGAGAAGCCAUCUGGAGAGAUACAGCCUCAAGAGGAGGACCAGAAACCAUUAACUUCAUCGAACCCGGUGUUAGAACUUGAACUGGCAGAGGAAAAAUUACCCAUGACGCUUUCUAGGCAAGAGGUCAUCAGAAGGUUGAGAGAAAGAGGAGAACCAAUCAGACUAUUUGGAGAAACCGAUUAUGAUGCUUUUCAACGUUUAAGAAAAAUAGAGAUCCUCACACCAGAAGUUAACAAGGGAUUGAGGAAUGAUUUGAAAGCAGCCUUGGAUAAGAUUGAUCAGCAGUACCUGAAUGAAAUCGUGGGUGGUCAGGAGCCUGGAGAGGAAGACACACAGAAUGAUUUGAAAGUUCAUGAGGAAAACACCACAAUUGAAGAGUUAGAGUUUCUUCUUGGCGUUUGGGCUAAAGAACUGAAUGGCAGAGAAGAUUAUGUGAAACGCAGUGUGCAGGGUAAACUGAACAGCGCUACCCAGAAGCAGACCGAGUCCUACCUCAGACCGCUUUUCAGAAAGCUACGGAAAAGGAAUCUUCCUGCGGAUAUUAAAGAAUCAAUAACGGAUAUUAUUAAAUUCAUGUUACAGAGAGAAUAUGUGAAGGCAAAUGAUGCUUAUCUUCAGAUGGCCAUUGGAAAUGCGCCUUGGCCCAUCGGUGUCACUAUGGUUGGUAUCCAUGCCAGAACUGGAAGAGAAAAGAUUUUUUCCAAGCAUGUUGCACAUGUUUUAAAUGAUGAAACUCAGCGGAAAUAUAUUCAGGGAUUGAAGAGGUUAAUGACUAUUUGCCAGAAACACUUUCCUACCGAUCCAUCCAAAUGUGUGGAGUACAAUGCACUGUGAGAUGUGUGUAUGGUGUGUAAAUAACAGUAAGAAACUUACAGAAGCAGGCUGUGGACUUUCGGAAUCACCAACAGGAAUGAGGAAAGAAGAAAACUGGAGUUUCCAGUCUCUGAGUUCUACCUGAUGUCACCCUUGAUUGGUUUUCGGAACUGUGUUGGUCUUUGUAACGUAUCUGACUACGAGCUGAUUUUUCUUUCUUGCCUUCAUUUUAAUUAGCCCAAAAUUAAGUUUUAAAGACUUUCUAUCACAAUUUAAAUCCGUAGACAACAGAAGGGGGUUUAAAAUGACCCUUUUUUCAGUUGAUCUGAAAGUUGUGAUUAGAUGAUUAAAAAGAAACAUUUGAGGAUGGACUUGAUUAUUUCAGUAAAAUACUAUAAUUUGCAUAUUGUCUUUUAUGUAGUAUUUAUAUAAAAUAUUUUUAUAUAUUUCAAAAACAUGGGACCAUUGAAUGAAACUUCAUAGUCUUUAAAUGUUGCUGAACUUUUGCCGUCUUGCGAUAGAAUUUGAAUGUAUAUAAUAUUA